UUAAUUGUUCAGCGUUAACCGUGAAGAUUGCAUUGAAGCAAUUAUAGCUAUAUUUUAAAUACUGUUUUUUAUUCAAACGCUAUAAUGCGUGCUUUAUUGCUAAUAUGUGUUACUAUAUUAGUCCUGGGCAGCACAUGGCAAUCAACAAUGUGCUGCCAAACUGCAGGACAACUGGAUCAACGAUUCCAGUUUGCAAAUUCUGAUGUUUACAUACGCCUGGUGCGUGCAACUAAACUUAAAUACCAAAUCAUGAAAGGUUCAAAGGUGUUACAAACUGUUAGCCUGGAUAAUGUUUCUACAAAUGGAAAUCUGGAAGCAACUACAACUGGCAGCUAUAAACUCUCAGCUACAGAUGGAAGUUCAGUAGAAUUUCAAUUAAUUUUAUCAAGUGCAGACAUUACACAUGUACUUGUGACACGCGAUGAUGUGCCACGUAGUUUACAACCACGAGAUUGCUUUGAUCUGGAUGUAGCACAGGGUACACAUUGGUAUGGUGGCGCUGAAGAUCGUUACCAGUACUGGCCCGUAGAACGUCAAACUUAUUCUAACUAUUCAUAUUUAACUAAAGAAGAUCACAAUGCUGGUAUCGCUGAACGUUAUUGGUUAAAUUCAAAGGGAUUAUUUUUAUUUGUAGAAACCACCACACCACUUUUCAUAGAUCAAAAUUCACAAGGAUUUGAGAAUCAAUUAUGUUUUAGUGCCUUUAGUACAUUGCCAUAUAAUGUACGUAUGCCGAAGGUUAGCUUUACUUAUCACAUUGGUAUCGGCACAAAUGCUAAAGUAGCGCAUAUGCACGCUGUUAAAGAAUUGUUGGGCAUACCAACUGAUCAUCCAGAUGAGCGUAUGGUACAACAUCCGAUUUGGUCUACAUGGGCGUUAUACAAAGCAGAAAUUGAUGAUACUGUAGUACGUGAAUUUGCAGAUAAAAUAAAAGAAACCGGUUUUGAAAACAGUCAGUUAGAGAUCGAUGACGAUUGGGAGGAUUGUUACGGUGCACUGACAUUCCGAAAAAAUAAAUUUCCAGAUAUUAAGAAAUUGACAGACGAUUUGAAAGAAAAAGGCUUUCGUGUUACACUUUGGAUACAUCCAUUUAUUAAUAAAAAUUGUACAGCAAUGUAUGAAGAAGCGAAAUCAAAGGGCUAUUUGGUUCUCGAUCAUGACGGCAAUGCAGAUACACAAUGGUGGAAUAGCAUUCGUGGCGAUGCAGCAUACAUAGACUUCACAAAACCAGAAGUGCAAAAUUGGUUUAAGCAACGACUACAGCGUUUGCAAACAGAAGAUGGUAUCGAUAGUUUUAAAUUUGAUGCUGGUGAAACAAGUUGGGUACCACCUGAUCCAGUUCUCGAAGGAGAAUUAAAUACUUCACCCCAUCAAAUAACAGAAGACUAUGUACGCACAGUUGGUAGCUUUGGUUCAAUGGUUGAAGUGCGUUCUGGUCAAGGCACACAAGAUAUGCCAAUAUUUGUACGUAUGAUCGAUAAAGAUUCUGAAUGGAAUUGGAAAAAUGGCUUAGUAACAUUAAUCACCACCUUACUGCAAAUGAAUAUGAAUGGUUAUCCAUUUGUGCUGCCUGAUAUGAUCGGUGGUAAUGGCUAUAAUAAUAAACCACCAACGAAAGAGUUGUUCAUACGCUGGCUACAGGCUAACGUUUUCAUGCCAAGUUUGCAAUUUUCCUUUGUACCUUGGAAUUUUGAUGAUGAAACAAUUGCUAUAAGUAAAACAUUCACUAAACUGCAUAGUGAUUAUACACCAUAUAUAAUGAAACGUUUUAAACUGGCUGUAGAAACUGGAGAACCAGUAAAUCCACCACUAUGGUGGAUAGCGCCUGACGAUGUUGUUGCUCAAGGCAUAUAUGAUCAAUUUUUACUUGGUGACGAUAUAAUUGCUGCUCCCGUAGUUAUACCAGACAGCACCACACGUGAUAUAUAUUUACCAGAAGGUCAAUGGCAAGAUGGUAAUACUAAACAAGUUUACAAGGGUCCGAUAUGGAUAAUGAACUAUGAUGCACCUCUUAAUAUCUUGCCUUACUUUGAACGCGUAGGAUAUUAGUACUCCUUCAAUAGUUCAAAAGUAUUAAUUUUUGAAGUAAUAUAUAAAUAAAUUCAUUAUUAAAUAAAAUUCAUCACAUUAGAAACUAUAA